AUGGAACAUGCGCGUACUGUCAGGCGCCUUGUCUCAGGAUACCAAAAGGCUGUGGUCAUCCUGACAGGCAUCGUGGUGAGCACAUGGGCGAACCUGAGCCCCUUGGCCGGUACAUAG